AAACCAAAAACAAAAACAAAUGCCAACCCUUUAGCUUAAUUGGUCUCUCCUUGACAAAUGCAGUUACGAAAACUCGUCGACAUUGCAAAAGAAUAUCAAAAACACACAACCCCUUAUUUCGGUUUCCAUUCUCUCCCUAUUUAUUUUCUCACCGUUCAAUUCAAUUCAAUUCAAUUCCCUUCCUUCGGUUUUUCUGUUUCUCACUAUCUUCUUUGAGAUUGUUUUCUUUGUUUUUAAAAAAAAUACAAAAACAAAAUCUUGUUUCAGCUCAGCUCAUUUUCCUUUUUGAAAACAAAACCCCUAAUCUUCUUCAUCCUCCUAUUCUUUAAAUCCCCACCACUUUUAUAUCUGCAUUUUCCAUUCUUUCUCUGCUUUCUCUGAAUUGAAAGACUGUGGAAUUUGGGUUGAAAAUGGCUUCCAAUAUUGGAAUUAUGGACAGUGCUUACUUUGUUGGAAGGAAUGAGAUUUUGACUUGGAUCAACAAUCGUCUUCAGCUCAAUCUCUCUCGUAUCGAAGAGGCUGCAUCUGGUGCUGUGCAAUGCCAAAUGAUGGAUAUGACCUAUCCUGGAGUUGUUCCAAUGCACAAGGUCAAUUUUGAUGCGAAGACAGAAUAUGAUAUGAUCCAGAACUAUAAGAUUUUACAGGAGGUGUUCAAUAAGUUAAAAAUUGAGAAGCCUCUUGAAGUCAAUAGGCUUGUUAAAGGCAGGCCUUUGGACAACUUGGAGUUCUUACAAUGGCUGAAACGAUACUGUGAUUCUGUCAAUGGUGGCAUUAUGAAUGAAAAUUACAAUCCUGUUGAGCGAAGGUGCAAGGGAGGGAAGGAACGGCAUCCCAAGGGUUCUCAAAAAAUCUCAAAAUCACUGCAAGCAAACAAUUCAGGUGACCCAGUUGGUCUUCGCAGAACCUCUGGACCAAAGCAAGGGAAGACUAGUGCAGUGGCAGGUGGCACUUAUUAUGCAGGAGAGGUUCAAGCUUUGACCAAGGAGAUAACAGAUCUCAAGCUCUCGGUGGACCUUUUGGAAAAAGAAAGAGACUUUUACUUUGGAAAAUUGAGGGAUAUUGAAAUUCUUUGUCAAACGUCUGAAUUGGAGAGUGUCCCGAUGUCCGUAGCAAUAAAGAAGAUAUUGUAUGCUGCUGAUGCAAAAGAAUCAGCUCUUACCAAAGCCCAAGAAUAUCUCGUUUCGGUGGGUUCCGCUGAAGAUGCUGAAGCUGAAGAAGAAACACAAGUAGAAACCGAUCACUGAGUUUUAACCAUGGAUAUGCUAUUUGCCUGGAUAGCUAGAGUUAAACAAGUCCAUGGAUCAGUGUUCUCUGUCGGUCAAGUGAAGAACUUCUUAUUCCUCUUUGUAUGUGCUGAACAGACGGUUGUGGAUUGAAAAGAAUUGACUUCUCAAUAAUAACAGUGUGUGUCUUGAGUAGUUCUGUUGAAAGCAACGGCAUUUGUUCACUCGGAUUAACUUUUUCCUAUUCCCAGGCCCUAGCAUCUUUCACUGCUUUGUUUGUGUAGCGUGAAGACCAGAAUUAUUGAAAGUUGAGUCUUAUUUUGGCUCAAACAGUUAAAUUAAACAUGCCAGUAUAUAAACCAACAUGGUUGCUCAGUAGUUAACCAGAGCUCAUCUAU